AUGCGAGGGCUACCGGCUAGAGGACGGAGCCGGCCAAAGAAGGAAUUAGGCGAUGGCUACAAGCUCAUCUGCACAUCAAAUCGCAAUGGCGUUGGUAUCAUAUUGAACGAGUCGUUUAGAAAUAGCGUCACAGCGGUGGCUCGACUAUCGGAUCGCUUGAUGGCUGUAAAAGUAGACACAGGAGAAGUGGAAUUGGGAGUCAUCUCUGCUUACGCGACCCAGGCGGGCUGUAGUGAAGAAGAGAAGGCAAGCUUUUGGGAGGAUCUGGAGCAGUACGUCCAAUCCCUGGAAAGCGAAGAAAUACUUUUAAUCGGAGGAGACUUCAACGUACAUGUCGGUUCUCGGAAAGACGGAUUCGAGAGUUGUCAUGGUGGAUACGGCUAUGGAGCUCGUAACAACGACGGGUUGCGAAUCCUGGAGUAUGCUGUUGCAAGUGAUUUGAUCAUUGCUAACACGCAGUAUCGAAAGAGAAAAUCGCAUUUGAUCACGUACACCAGCGGCGGUCGUGAGACACAAAUAGAUUUCUGGAUGUUACCAUGUCGCUGCCCAACACCAUCUGCUCGUUACGGACAUGAAAAUCUCCCGUCAAAGGAAGAAACAUCCAAGGAACACAGCGCAUCAAAUGGUAAGCCAAAGGUACAAAAGACUACGUGGUUUUGGAACGAGGAAGUUCAGGCGGCAAUUCGUGAGAAGUCCAAGUAUAAGCUCUGGUGGAGGACGCGUCAGCCUGAAGAUCGGGGUGCUUACCUAGCGGCGAAGAGGGAGGCUAAGAAGGCAGUCUCCAAGGCGAAGUCGGACCGCUACAAGGCUGUGUACGACAUGCUUGAUACCAGAGAAGGCGAGCGGGCAGUGUAUCGUUUAGUCAGAGCACGUCAUCGCUCAACGUUGGAUAUGGAGCACACCAAGAUCGUUAAGGGAGCUGAUGGAGCCGUUCUGCGCCGCUCUGGUCAGAUCCUGGAGAGGUGGCGAGAGUACUACAAUCACUUGUGUAACGAAGAGUUCUGUCAUCCUCCCAUCCCAACCGUUCCCAGCGUCGAGGGUCCUGUUCUACCAAUUACUGCCGUCGAAGUCAGUGCUGCCCUCGCAAAAAUGAAGUCGAACAAGGCAACCGGUCCUGAUGACAUACCUGUUGAUAUCUGGAAGCUGCUAGGAGAUCGAGGGUCCAUGUGGCUCGCAACUCUAUUUAACAAGAUCGUUGCAGAAGGACGGACUCCAGACGUUUGGCAAACUUCCGUGACCGUGCCUGUCUGGAAAGGGAAAGGAGACAUUGCUGACUGCACCUCGUACAGGCCUAUACGACUGCUCUGCCAUACGAUGAAGAUUUUUGAGCGUGUCCUGGAAGCUCGUCUGAGGAAAAUUGUUAGCGUUUCACUCAACCAGUGCGGUUUUGUGAAGGACUGCAGCACUAUAGAUGCUAUCCAUGCUGUCCGAAUCCUCCUGGAGAAACAUCGAGAGAAGAACCGCAGUGUGCAUCUUGCUUUUCUCGAUCUCGAGAAAGCUUUCGACCGUGUCCCACAUGAGCUGUUAUGGAUGUCCAUGAGGUCGCAUAGAGUACCAGAAGAAUAUGUGCGGUGGACGAAGCUGCUUUAUGCGAAGCCUAUCAGCGUUGUACGAUGUGCUGUUGGAACAAGCAGGCCAUUCCCUGUACGAGUAGGGGUUCAUCAGGGUUCAUCCCUCUCACCUCUGCUGUUCACACUGUGCAUGGACACGAUAACGAAGAAAAUCCAGAAGCAGCAUCCGUGGACUCUACUCUUUGCCGACGAUGUCAUGCUCGCGUCGGAGUCUCGAGAUGAUCUUCAGAAACAAGUGCAGUCUUGGAAGGAUCAGCUGCAGCAAUAUGGAUUGCGCCUCAACGCAUCAAAAACUGAGUACAUGGAGUGCGGACCAAGGAUAGAGGAUGGUUCAAUUCGUGUUGAUGGCACCGAAUUAAACAAGGUGAACUGCUUCAAGUACCUUGGAUCCAAAGUGACUUCCACAGGCGACAUUGAUCAAGAAGGUCGAGCACGUGUUAAUGCUGCAUGGAUGAAAUGGAAAAUGGCAACAGGGGUACUGUGCGACAAGAAAGUCCCUGUUCGACUAAAGUCGAAGAUCUACAAGACGGUUGUGCGUCCUGUUGCCCUUUACGGAUGCGAGUGCUGGCCGACAACGAAAGCCUUGGAAAGAGUGCUGCACGCUAUGGAGCUGCGGAUGUUGAGGUGGACGAUAGGUGUAACGCUAAAAGAGAAAGUAUCCAACGACACUGUGCGCUCCAUCUUCGGUGUCGUCCCGAUAACUGAGAAGAUGAAGGAGGCGCGACUGAGAUGGUUUGGUCACGUAUUGCGGCGGGAGAAAGAUUCUGUUGCCAAAACCGCUCUGAGGCUCGACGUUUCAGGAGUGAGGCCGCGCAGGAGGCCAAAGAUUCGCUGGUUAGACCGUGUGAAGCUGGAUAUGAUAGAUGCACGUUUGUGUACGGCUGAUGCAAUGGAUAGAACCAAAUGGAAGACAAGAAGCAGAAAAGCGGACCCUGCAACAACGCGGGACAAACGCUAG